CGUGAGCGCGGGUGCGGAAGUGGUGCAGCGGGCCCGUGUUCGUGGUUGGACGAGGCCGCAGGUCCCGGGGGCGGGGUCAAGUCUGCCAGACGCGCCGGGAGGAGCCGGGGGUGGAGGCAGGCGCGGGGGCCGGCGUCGGAGACUGGGAUUCGGUCUUCUGGGCGAUCGAUUGCUGGACCAGCGGCGGUCCCGUGCUCCCCGGCCUGCGCGCGCCAGCUGCUCUGGGUUCCCCAGGCCGAGGCGCCGGCGGCUGCGGCAGGCCGGUGUGGUGGGCAGAGGGAGGCUCGGAGGGCGCGGGCGCCCGGUGCACGGAGCAGGCGUGAGGCAGCCGGGGACCGGGACGCCAUGUCCAUGGAGGACCCCUUCUUUGUGGUGAAAGGAGAGGUACAGAAAGCAGUCAACACUGCCCAGGGCUUGUUUCAGAGAUGGACAGAGCUCCUCCAGGACCCCUCCACAGCCACAAGGGAAGAAAUCGACUGGACCACCAAUGAGCUGAGAAACAACCUCCGGAGCAUAGAGUGGGAUCUGGAGGACCUUGACGAGACCAUCAGCAUAGUUGAAGCAAACCCUAGAAAAUUCAACCUUGAUGCAACUGAAUUGAGUAUAAGAAAAACCUUCAUCACAAGCACUCGGCAAGUUGUCAGGGACAUGAAGGAUCACAUGUCACCUUCCUCUGUGCAGGCAUUAGCUGAACGAAAAAACAGACAGGCGCUGCUAGGGGACAGUGGUGGUCAGAACUGGAGUGCCGGAACGACGGAGAAGUACGUGCGCCUCGACCGUGAGCUCCAGUUAGCCAACUCCCAUUUCAUCGAGGAGCAGCAAGCCCAGCAGCAGCUGAUUGUGGAGCAGCAGGAUGAGCAGUUGGAGCUGGUCUCUGGCAGCAUCGGGGUGCUGAAGAACAUGUCCCAGCGCAUCGGAGGGGAGCUGGAGGAACAGGCAGUCUGCACCUUGGACAGCAAAAUAGUGUUAGCUUCCUGGAGCCACUUCUCCCCGUGGGAAAACACUGGCUUCUCUGCGGGUGUAGUAUGUUGGAUGAUUUCUCCCAUGAGUUGGAGAGCACUCAGUCCCGGCUGGACAAUGUGAUGAAGAAACUUGCAAAAGUAUCUCACAUGACCAGUGACAGGCGCCAGUGGUGUGCCAUCGCCGUCCUCUUCGUGGUCCUGCUGGUCGUGCUGGUCCUCCUCCUUGUGCUGUGACACGGCCGGCGCAGCCCCUCCUGCACUCGAACCCCGGGAGGCGGGCAGCGGCGCCGGGCGUUGCCGUCCCCUCCCGCUUCUCUCUGGAAGACGCGGCCUGCACUGACCCCCCUCCCCGUGACCCCACCACUGACAGCUGCUCUGACCCGGCGCUGGCAGGGCCACGGGGAACACCGGGUGGACGACCGUGCGCUCCUGGCCCGCCUGGCCCACUCUGAGGAUGGCCCGCCACUGCUUUGCCUCCCAGGCCUCACGCCCCAAGGACGGCCUCGGAGGAAUCCAGAAAAUUCCGCAGACUCCACUAGCGCUUGCUGUUGCUCAUUCCAUCCAUCUCGGACAGCUCUUUUCUCCGGCCCAGACCCUUCCCCCGGCUCCGAUGGCGCACUGCGGUCCCGUCCCGAUGAGCCCUGUCCGGAGUGCGGGCUCCCGGGCACGUUUCAUUCCCCGCCGCCCCUGACAGCCGGUCGCUGAUGGGAACAGAAGGCCCAAGAAGCAGUUUGUGACAGAAGACACACCGAUCCAUUUUUCAGGGAUAAGUGCUGGGAUAAAAUUGCUUUUCCAGGCACAUUAUUUUGUGGUAGAAAUAGCUAAUGGAGAAUAACGGAAAGCACUAGGCUUUGGGGAUGCUAACAACGGGUGGCUUGAACUGAAGGGAGGAGAGGGUGGCAGGACCCAGGGAACGGUGGGUGAGGUUGCUGGAGGUCAGAGCCUUGCCAAAUUCACGUUGCUGUCCUGGUGCAGCUUGUAUUUUUAGGACCACCUUUAACUGUAUGGCUACAGCACACUUGAACGGGUUAGGGUCCCUGGCCAGCCUCCUCGACGGUUAGGUCACUCCUGUGGCACUCUGCACCGGGGGGGCGGGGGGCGGGGGGGAGGGAGGUCACGGUUGGGAGUGGUUAGUACAUCAUUAGCACAGCGACACUCAGAAACCAUAAUGACAAAAAAGGCUAGUUCUGAACCAGACUUCUCUUACCCUGUGAGUCAUGGCAAGAAUGGGUAGGUGAACUUGAGGGUUUUUUCCCCCCCUAAGAUGACAACUCAGUUUUUUGGUUUUUUUAAUCAUCCAUUCAAAUAACUGAGCCAAUCCAAAUUUAAAUAAUGGAUGCUUUAAUUGAGUUUUAGUAGCUGAAACUGCUGAGAUGCUAAAUUUCAGGCUUCUGAUGACUUUUUAAAUGCCUCCAACGUACACGUGUCUGUAGGAUAUUUAUAUAGCCUCCCUGAUGCUGUCACCACUGUUGAAGCAGCAGCUGACCCAGAGCCUGGCAGGGGAGGCCGUGGCUGUCCUCACCAUCUUUUUGUGCACUUGGAAAGCACAGCCAACAUCCGGAUAGAGCUCUGGCUUGGACUUCUUGUUUCCUCAUCUGUUGGGGUCCACUCCUCGGCACACUGGUUGGGUUUUUUUCUUUUUAAUUUUUUUUCUUGUUUGUCUUUCUUGUUUAUUUGCUUUCGGCUCCCCCCCCCCCGCCCUUUUUUGUGAUUUGCAAUGAUGUACUUGCCCAGCUGACUUUUGACUUGCACUUUUUAAUAAAUAUUUGUAACAGUUUUUUAAAGAAGGGUAUUUUCUCAUGGUUAGGAUCAUGAUAGGUAAGUAAAUCUGCCUGUUGAUGAAAGCUAAAAGCAGAUUUAUAAAACUAAAAGGGUGGUUGACAUCCACGUUUACAGUCAACUCUGAUAUAUAAAUAAGUUAUUUUUUUCAAAUUAGCAAAAAAAAAAAAAGAUUACUACAAAGGGCUUCCGAUAUAGGGUACUAGGUUAUUUGUUUUACAAAGUUUCCAGACUCAUUCAAAUAGUCUUCUCUAAACUUAGAACAGGGAUGGUCCUUAGAUUUGCAUUAAAAUAUACAGGUCUUUGUUAAACAUAAAUGAGGACCUUGUCUCAGUACUGUAUCCACACUCACAUCACAAGAGGCAGUAGGCAUCCUAAUGGCCUGUAGGAUUAUGCUCUUUACAAGCCAUGCUGUUGUCCUCCUAUUACCAGAUUUACUGUGCCCCACACAACUGUCGCAUGUGUCAGUGGGGCUUGUUGGGAACACGCCUGGUCAUGAAUGAGUAAGAUGCUUCCCUGGUGUCGGAGGGGAGGGGGGCUGGGGGGGCGGCAGGUUUUGUGAUCUGAAGGCUUAAUUACUAAGUGUUUGGAUGAAUCUAGAAUCGGCCUGAUGACCUCACCUAAUUUCAAGUGUUUGCUGAACAGUGGCUACUGUAGACGAGACUCCUGAAGCCGAAGAGGGAAUUAUUUAUGAGGAGGAAAGUUUACUUGAAAAUACAAGCACUGCAUGCGUGCUCCCUGCAGGCCCCUGUCUCCUCGCCUCAGAGGAACUGCUCUUUGACAGGCAGCCUCUUAAUAUCUUCGUCAGAGCCGGCUCUGCCCCAGGCAUAACUCCUGGCCCAGCGGGCUUGAUCCUGGGCUUGACCCUGUUGGGCCUACGGGGCAUCGCUACAGAUGAGUGUUCAUUUGAAAGCCUCCACCCAGACCGCAAACCGGGGCGGUCCAAGAGAGUAACCCAGGGGCUUAGGUUGACUUUUGAGGACAAAUGUUGCCUCCUCGGUGAUCCUGACACUGCCGGGCUCCAGAGGGCACCUAAGUGGUUCCCCGGCCGAUAGGAGGGGGAGAGCAGUGGACACCGGCGACCCCCCCGCGCUGCUCAGUGGCACAUCCUAGAAGCAUUUGGGCUUUCUCCAGCCUCUGCACCUCGACACGUACUUAUCAUUUCUAAGGAAGUGGCAGAAUGUGAUGGAUAAAGAGAAACAGCUCAACUUGCGUUUAUUGCAAGACCGUUUUUCUAACCAGCUGAUUUGGGGGGUUAAUUGGGGGAAUGAACCGUUGAGAGAGUUAGCCAGAGUGGGGGAUCCAGCUGGAAAACCGAAAUACCUUUAGGUUUUCAUCCUUGUCUUUGAUCUUGCCUUUGUGUGGACUGAAAACGCCCCGUGCUCUCUGUGUGCCCGCUGCUGGGUGGCAGUUGGAAGUCACUGCGUGUGUGUUACAUGACGAUCUUCACGCCAGAGCCGAAGGGGGAGAGACUUGGGAGCUUGCCCAUUAUUCUCUGCUUUUAGCCAGAGUUAAACAGACUGAUGGGUCUGGUAGCCAACCACUUGGCAACUUCUACUCCUUCUCACCUCGUGAGAUUCAGGGCUGUGAAGAGAAAUCUAGUCUAACUCCAACAGAAAUCUGUCUCUGUUAAGUGUUUUACCUUCUGUAAGCGAAGGUGGCAGAGCCAAGAUCUUUCUUCUGGUAAUUUCCCUGGCUAUAAAGUGAGACCAUUACCUUUCUAGAGAAUUCAUAGCAUUUGAAGAUCUAGGAACUGAAUUAUACAUAGGAGUUGCUUUUCAGCUCUGUGGACACGGAUCGCUUGGCUUCACCUUGUACUGCAGGAUGAACUUGGAAGCGGAACAAAAUUGGGACAGUCUGAAAAGCAGAAGUUCCAAAACGCGGCAUGCACUACCUCCCUCUUUGUGUUCCUCUCGCUGGCAUUUCUUUCCCUCCCAGGUUUUUGAAGAAUAACAUUUUUGAAAAACGUGUUCUUUCUCCAUCAAGAGCAGAGAGAGGUGAAACCAAAGAGCUCUCAGACCUUCCGCCCCUCUGUCACACCGCGUCACGCCUGACCUGAGUUGGUUCACGAAGACCACGCUCCAUGGAAUGGGCCUGGGCUGCUGGCAGGGGCGCAGAAGCGCCCCGCCCCCCCCCCCCCCCCCCCCAGGCCUCUGCUUCUGAGGGAGGGGCAGUCCCGUCACCAGGCUGGCCUGAUGAGGGGAGACCCACUCUCUGUUCUGUCCGCUGCCCUGUCCCAGCCCUCAUGAAUGUGCUUGUGCAGCAGUCCGUCAGAUGUGAAUGCGGACACCAGGCUCCCCGUGUUUACUUGCCGUCCUGCUCACUGGGAAGCUGCCGACUGGUAUUGAGUCCAGAAAAUCAAGAGAAUUCUGAGCAGAGGGAAACAGCCGUCCAGGCGAGGGCAGCCCUGCGGUGACCCUCUGAGAUAGAAGCCCGCACAGCCUAGCACAGGUCGCUCCGUGGGGCCGAAACUCCAGACCUGCUGGCUUCUGGGGCCAGCAUCCCUGACCUACGCUCGGAAGCGUGCGGACCACCCAGUGCGGCCCUUUUGUUUUAGAGACGAGACCACUCACUGCAGCUCCCCCAGCAAAACAGGGCGGCAUUUGCCGGGGUGCAUCUUGGGCUGGGCCCCAGGGAGCUCGUACACUGCGUGUGGCCAGUGACCUCAGCGGCACAAGAGGGUAGGCCGGCGGUGGCCUGUCGUGCUCACCCCUCGCUCCAGCUUCUGGGCGUCUGCUUUUCGACAAACACUGAAGCUCCGAAAGUUCCAGCGGCCCCUUGGCCGUGUUGCUGCCAUCCACCUGCAUGUGACAGCUCCUUAUUACGUUAGAGUCUCUUUACCAAUGCAGGGGUGGGGAGGUGGGGAGGAAGGAGAAAGAGCUUGGUUUCCCUCUGACGUAGACUAAUGUGUUGGUGCUGUUUUCCUUCCAAUGUGACCUUUGUCCAGAAAUGCCCCUCCCCAAGGCCGUGUGGACGGUAACUGCACUUCAGCAGUCAUUGUCCCAGUCACCUGCCCGACUGCUUGAUAGGGACCUGGUUUGCCAAGUGCAGCCAGUGAGAAGUGUAUUUUACCUUCUUUUUUUUUUUUUUUUUUUUUUUUUAAGGCUAUGAAUUCUUGAACCCAGAAGCCACUUGAUCCUCCAGGGGGUGUUAGACAUAAGACCACCCGGCUUCAUUGUUUGUUGACCAAAGCUCUCGGGCCUUGUUCUGUCGCCCUGGCGGUACCCCAGCGCUCCACACGAGCCAGGUUGUCUGUCAGCCUGGGGGUGACCCCAUGUCCAGAGUUGUUCUUGCUGGACUCUGCAGAGAGCAGGCUUUAGCCAGGACCAUGCUACUGAACAGGAAUCGUAGCCCUGGGGGUAAGUCUGCUCUGGGAGAGGCAGACGUCCUAGUCCUCAGGAAAAGAGAGUCUGCAGGGUGGGGAGAGGCCAGCCAGGUGUUCCUACUAAGAAGUUACUGGAACUUACCUGUAAGCUUGAUGUGGGUGUGUCCUAACUUGACCCAGGAGAAUGCCCUGGGUGAGGGUGGCCCGGAAACCAGGAAAGGGCCAAAGACCGCAAGCUGUAAAUGAUUGUGGAUUCGUUUUGUGUUAAGUGGAGAUCGGCUCUCGCUGGCUCAUUUGUAAUCAGAAAUUAGUGUGAUGAAAAAAUCGAAUGUGUAACACGUGGCAACACUCAGCAGGACUAAAUUGUCGUAUUUUUCUUCCAAGCAUAAAUAACCUACGGUGUUUUAUUUUUAAAUAACCAGAAGGCACAAACUAAAGACGUGAGAUCAAGGAUUCGAAUUUAAAACGCCUGGGUGAUUUCCAGAUGGUGCGCACCCCCCCUUCCUCCCCACGAGAAGAGCCCAGUAGCCCUGGUGCCAGUUUACAUGCCCCUCCACAGGUAGAUACAUUCUUGCUCUUUCGACAGGCUGGGUCUCCCAAGUGUGGUGUGGGACCGGCGGCGGCGGCGUGGCCCCUGAGCUUGCUAGAAAUGCAGGUUCUCAGGCCCACCUGGAUCUGCCGAAUCAGACUCUGGGGGUGAGGCCAGUGGGCUGUGUUUCACAAGCCUUCCAGGGGAUUCUGCUGCCCACUGUGGUUUCAGAAUCACUGCUCCUGCAUCAUGGAAUUUAGGCUACAGUAAACCAUCCCUGCAUAAUAAAACCUCUUCCAUAGCUUUGAUCGUAAUCCUGACAUUAAACAAACUGAUGACACUAUAAACUUGAAAACUUUUUAAAAAUACUUGCGUAAGAAAAAUCUCAACUAGCCGUCUUUCAAAGUGGUAUUUUUACACCCUGAAGUCUAUCAGUAAUGUUUCUUAUUUCUGCUCUUGAAAUCAUGUUACAGCUGUACAAAGAAUACUGUUCAGUAUUAAAAGAGAAAUGGAGAGACCGUGA